UCCUCAGCUCGCCGACGACAACUCGAGUGAAUUUCCCGUCGCCAAAUCUUCCCGUUUUCUCAAGUGGAUUUUCCUCAAGGAUCUCAAAACUCUACCUAAAGAUGCACGCCGCAGCUGUACCUUCCCUCCUCCUGGGUUUAGUUCUUACAUUUGCCUCCGCAGCCACCAACCAGCAGAAAAUCGGAGUGACCGUCUACUAUGAGAGCUUGUGCCCAGGCAGCAUGGACUUCAUCAAGAACCAGCUGUACCCAACUUACAUGACUGACCUCGGCGCGUACAUGAACGUCACGCUCGUCCCGUUCGGAAACUCCGCCUGUACUGUCUUCUAUAAGGAGUGCUGCCGGUCCCAAGCCAAGAAAGAAGCUUUCCUCAAAUACGAAUCCAAUCCAACCCCUCAAGAACACGAGAUAUAUGCAAGAAUCCGCAACGCGACCAAUGAAAAAAUAACGAAAAUCAAAGAGAAUUACUGGGAAGGAUAUACGAAAGGCAUGGAGCGUGACUUUUAUGGAGCUCAGAGGAAAAUGUGGGGUGCAUUCCGAAACCAGCGAAAAGAAAUUUGUGAAUAUAAGCGUGUCCAGCAUGUAGAUAAGGAGCAAUGGUUUAAAUAUUUCUCUGAACUGUAUGAUGAAAGCAAUACAGACUCCAAUGGAAAUUUAGAAUUCAGAAAUGAAGAUAGUGUGAACAUAACUUUUGACAUGGUAACAAGAGCUAUCCAUCGGCUCAAAUUAAGGAAGUCACCUGGACCAGAUGGUAUAGGCAAUGAAUUUUUGAAAUAUGGCGGUGGCACUUUGGCCAAGCACAUCCAUCAUUUGUUCUCUAAAAUCUUACAGGAAAAGAAAGUUCCAGACGAAUGGAAGGAUAGCCACACGAUCCCAAUCUUCAAGAAAGGAAAUAAGCUUCUACCAGAGAACUACCGCGGCAUUACGCUGCUCAAUACCUGUUUGAAGCUUUUCACUACUGUAAUUAAGAACAUCUUAGAGGAAAUUGUAGACGCGGCUGAAGAGCAGCAAGGCUUCCGGAGGAAUAGAGGAACUACUGAUGCCAUAUUUACGAUUCGUCAACUAUCGGAGAAGGCUAUCGAAUUUAAUAAGCCACUCUUCCUAUGCUUUGUAGACCUUGAAAAAGCAUUUGAUCGCGUACGAAAACAGGAUGUGCUGCAGAUAUUAAAUGAGAGAAAUGUUCCCAGAUGCUUGAUAGAGUUAGUUAAAGAUUUAAAUACUAACACGAGGACCCAAAUUAUUACCGCUGAAGGUCUCUCGGAUGCCAUCGUCAUAAAUAAGGGAGUGAGACAGGGUGAUUCGCUUAGCGCAUUUCUCUUCAACUUAGUGAUGGACAAACUAAUUCGCGCCGUGCGACCAAGGCGAGGAUAUACGCUUAGGAACAGAAAUAUUAAUAUCAUUUGUUAUGCUGACGAUGCUGUGCUCAUAGCAGAUUCGGAAGAUGAACUGCAAAGAAUCUUGCAUACAUUUAAUAUGACAGCCAAGAAGUACAAUAUGAAAGUAUCCGCCGCUAAGACAAAAAGUAUGGUAGUCAGUAGAAACCCUAUACGAUGCGAGUUGGAAGUAGAUGGUAAAAUGAUCGAACAAGUGAUGGAGUUUAAAUAUCUUGGAGCAUUGCUGACAAGUGCAAAGGACUUAGGAACCGAAGUGCGAGACCAGGCACUCAAGGCGGCGAGAGUUGCCGGAUGCCUCAACGAGAUGGUGUGGCGCAACAAAUACAUGGCCCGAGAAAGUAAAGUCAGAGUCUAUAAAACAAUCGUUAGACCAGUGUUAACAUUUGCCGCAGAGACCAGGGCUGAGACAAAGCGCACCAAACAACAAUUCCGCACCGUUGAAAUGAAGGUCUUAAGAAAAAUAGCGGGCUUUACACUUUGGGAUCAUCAGACCAACGAGUCCAUCAGAGAUGCUUGUAAUGUGCAAGAUGUAGCCAAGUGGACUAGGAUGAGGAGAAAGAUGUGGUCGGAGCACGUUGACAGAAUGGAUGAAGAGAGACUGGCAAAAGUUUGUAUGACUGGACAACCCAUAGGGAAAAGACUGCCUGGACGACCGCCUAAGAGAUGGGCACAAAGCUGGCUCUCUUCUCCUGAAGAUGAUUGA